AUGAAAAUAGUUUCUGUUGCUUGUUUGUUACUAGUGUUAUGUCAGUCUUUAGACAACAUAAAUGCUCGCCCUCAUAGACCUUGGUGGUUAAAUCCACUUUGGUUCUUCCCUACACCGUCACCACCAGUAAAUCGACCCGCCAUUCCUCCUGCAAAUCCACCUGCAAAUCCUCCUGCAAAUCCACCCGCAAAUCCACCCGCAAAUCCACCAGCAAAUCCACCUGCAAAUCCACCCGCAAAUCCACCAGCAAAUCCUCCUGCAAAUCCACCAGCAAAUCCACCAGCAAAUCCACCAGCAAAUCCUCCUGCAAAUCCACCAGCAAAUCCUCCUGCAAAUCCACCAGCAAAUCCUCCUGCAAAUCCACCAGCAAAUCCACCUGCAAAUCCUCCUGCAAAUCCACCCGCAAAUCCACCAGCAAAUCCUCCUGCAAAUCCACCAGCAAAUCCACCUGCAAAUCCACCAGCAAAUCCACCAGCAAAUCCACCAGCAAAUCCUCCUGCAAAUCCUCCUGCAGAUCCACCAGCAAAUCCACCUCAAAUCCACCACAAAUCCGCCUGA